AUGACGAAACAACUGGUUUGGCUGGUUACUGGCUGUAGCUCAGGCUUCGGUGUCGACUUCAUCAAGGCCGUUCUUGAACGGGGAGACAAAGCAAUUGCAACGGCCCGCAAUUUCGACAGCUUGAAGCCGCUAAUCGAGGCCGGUGCUGCCUCCCUACAGCUGGACGUCUCUGCAUCAGCAACAGAGAUCCGUGGCAAGAUCGACGAGGCGGUGGCGAUAUAUGGUCGCAUCGAUGUACUGGUUGAGAACGCCGGCUACGCACAGUAUGGUCCUGUUGAAGAGAUACCUGAAGCUCUCGUUCUCAAGCAAUUUCAGACCAAUGUCCUUGGGAACAUCCAUCUCAUCCAGGCUAUCAUGCCGCACUGGAGAUCCCAGCAGUCUGGAUUCUUGGUCGUGAACUCAAGCGAGGAUAGUGCAUGGCAUACAUUUCCCGGCUUCAGCGCAUAUUCUGCCUCCAAAGCAGCGCUAGACCGCUUCAUCGUACUCUUCAAGGCCGAGACUGCCAAUCUUGGCUAUAUCAAGACCUUGACGAUACACCCCGGACCAUUCAGGACUGAUGUUGCCAACGCAAGCAAACAUCAAUUCAAGAAUCCAGAUCGUGCUCGACCCGACAAGCCGACUAACUACCAGUGGCUAAACGACUUCUUCGUUGGACUGAUACCAGACUUUGACAGGAAGCAGAUAGGUGAUCCUACUAAGCUGGCCAAGGUAGUUGUGGACAUGGUCAGAGAUGAGGGUUCGGCCAAGGGCAAGACCCUACCCAGUAACAUGCCAUUCGGAGUAGAGGCUGUGAAGUUGGCUCGAGAGCACGCGCAAAACUUGUUGCGGGUUUGUGAUGAGUGGGAAGGCGUGGUUGGUGAAGCAGUAGACUUCAAGGGAGGGCAGGAGUCUAAGAAAUGA